AACCCGGAAGUGGCACGCGGAGGGGUCGUGCGGCGGGGCGGCGCAUCGCUACCUGGCUGCCUGACGUCCUCCUCCGCGGCAGAGUUUGAGAAGUGGCCCGGACUUCCUGGUACAUGGCCGGCCGGACGGCGAAGGAGCCGCGCCGGUUUAGCGACGACAGGAGCGACGACGUCGAGUUGAACGCAAGGUAAUGCGGCUUAGCUGCACUUGGAGGCUUUGCACUUGGAGCGUGACCCAGUAAACAAGCACCUGGCGGGACAAAUUGAACCGUCCGUCAUUGUCAACUCUCCUUCCCGGUCCGUGUGUGAUGACAGCAGCAGCAGCAGCAGCACCAAUGUGGCAGGCUAACGUCUUGGGUCUCGGCACCGGCACGGCCGCUUUGGAAGUCGGUCGGUCGCUCUCAAGCGGGUCGGGUGGGCUCCGGGCCCGAGUGCCCCCAUCUUAGCAAAGUGACAUUUGUCAUGAGUGCCUCGAGGAGGAAGAAGAAAGCGGAGAACGAGCACACCCGUCCAGAGAUUCUGCCUCCGGGCUCCUGCCAUGACGUCCGACAGCGAUCAGGAUGCCGCCGUGAAGCUGGAGCGGGAACGGGCCGACAUCGUGGCCAAAUAUGAAAAGGGAAAGGAGUCCACCGUGGAGCCCUGGGAGGACACCAACUUCCACCUGUACAAGGUCGUCGACCGCUUUGGCUUUGUGCACGAGAAGGAGCUUCCGGCCUACGAUGCGGUGGAGGAAAAGCACAAGCACACGGAACUGGAGAGGACCAGCAAGUGGCUCAAGAUGCUCAAGAGUUGGGACAAAUACAAGAACAGUGAAAAGCUUGUGCGGAGGAUCUACAAGGGGAUCCCGCUGCAGCUCCGAGGUGAAGUUUGGUCUCUCCUGCUGGACGUUCCCAAAAUCAAGGAGGAGAAGAAGGGCUUCUACGAGAGGCUGAAGGCCACGGCCAAGGCCUCGUCCCCCGACGUCCGCCAAAUCGACCUGGACGUGAACCGGACCUACAGGGAUCACAUCAUGUUCAUGCACCGCUACGACGUCAAGCAGCAGGCCCUCUUCCACGUUCUGACGGCUUACUCUGUCUACAACUUGGUGAGUGUCGAGCGGGGCGGGGCGGGGCGGGGCUGGGCGGCCCUCGUCAUCCCGGGAAGCCAUGUCGGGCGAGGGGCCAUCUGUCCUCAUCCUUUGCAGGAGGUGGGCUACUGCCAGGGCAUGAGUCAGAUCACGGCGCUGCUGCUCAUCUACAUGAACGAAGAAGACGCCUUCUGGGCUUUGGUCAGGCUGCUGUCGGGACACAAGCACGCCAUGCACGGCUUUUUCGUCCCCGGCUUCCCCAAGCUGAUGCGCUUCCAGGAGCACCACGACCGCAUCCUGAAGAAGAUGAUACCCAAGCUCAAGCGUCAUCUGGACAGCCAAGAUGUUCGGACCAGCCUCUACACCAUGAAGUGGUUCUUCCAGUGCUUCCUGGACAGGACUCCUUUCACGCUCACUCUCAGGAUUUGGGACAUCUACAUCCUGGAGGGCGAGAGAAUUCUUCCCGCCAUGUCCUACACCGUCCUCAAACUGCACAAGAAGCACCUGCUCAAGUUGCCCAUGGAGGAGCUAGUGGACUUCCUGCAGGUCACCUUGUCCAAAAAUUUCUUUUUCGACGACGACUUUGUGGUGGAGCAGCUGCAAGCCUCGGCCACGGAGCUCCGAAGGGCCAAGCUGGAGUUGCCGGCGCCAGCUCAAGAUGAGGAGUUCCCCAAGAAGCCUCUCGGGCAGCUUCCCGACCUGCCGGUGAACCACGCGGUCAACGGCCGGAGCCACGUGGAGCCCCCGGGGCCGCCCGCUCCCCAACGUCCCCGGUGCAGCUUAGGGCGGGACUCGCCGGACGCUUCCAGGUAUGACGGUCACCCCAAGGUGGCUUCCGACGGGCAGCGCUCGCCAGUAAGGGAGGCGACGCCCACCCCGAGGCCGCACAGACACACCGACGCUCAUCGAGACCUCGGCCCCCGUUGGUUCAAACCCUCCGAGACCAAGCUGGAAGCGGCCAAGGCCAUGGCGGCCCAGGAGAAUCCGCAGAGCCCAGUAAGGUACGCUCCGGCCCCCUCCGGCCAGGACGAGGGCCCGCGGGGCGAGCGGCGCCGGGAGCGAUCCAAGGGCUCGGUCACGGGCGCCAACCGCGGUUCCGACGCCUCCCAGUACGACAAUGUUCCUGGGCUACCGGAGACGGAAUUUGAAAUCCUUGAGCUGGAGAGACCCCCAACCAGGAUGCGGACGCCUCAAAGUGAGAUCCCCUCAUACGGCGCUCGCGGCUACGGCGGGGAUGUCGUCACGGCGCAGUCCGGCUUUGGGACGCCUUCCCAGCCCCUCGGGGUGUCAUUUGCCCAUCACAGCCGCUUCCCUGGAAAGCAAAAGCCCCCCCACCACCAUCACCAGGCCCCUACCGAGGUCCCCAUCUUUCACCCGGGGUCCAGACACUACGCGGCAGCCGGCGGGGAUCAAAUGUCCAACCACGUGUCGCCGGAGCAGGCGCUCAUGAACUACGUGGCAAGCCACCGCAGGGAGCCGCCCCACCGUCCCCGAGCACCCCCUUUGCAGCUGGAGCCCCAGGGGGGGGGCGCCAGUCACAUCUACUCCCGUGCACAGGCCCAUGCCCCUUUGGACUACAGAUUAGAAGGGCGCGUCCAAGGGGGGGGCCUGGAGUCCCAGUGGGGCCCGGAGGAGGAGGCGGCGCAGGGCCCGGGCGGGGUGCCUCGCUCGCCCAGCUUCCGGAAGGCCCAGAUGUCUCCCGUGGAGGUGUUUGAGUUCCCGGGGAACGGCGACGGCGGGACACGGCAGCCCGUCCUUCGCCAACAGCUCCCCCGGGUGUUUGGAGGAGCGUACUACAGCCACGCGCAGGAGGCCUUUGCCAUGCAGGAGUCCAUGCUGCUCUGAGCGCAAGUACGCACGCACGCACCAGCCGUCGGCGUCCUGUACUGGUUCGGUGCCCCUAACAAGUAGAUUGGGACUCAUCCCCCCCCCACGACUGACUCGGCGGGCGUAGUGGCUCAAGUGGCUUUUGGUGCCAAGAUCAAGUCGGCCGCUCUCUCCCCUUUAUAUUUGCAAAAGGGAAUUGAAAGGUUGAAAAUAAAGGCUGAAGAUUUUGAAUGUAAAUCCUAACAAGAGGAGAAAUGUAUCCACCGGAGAGACAAAAAGUGGGCAGCCCGUCUUUCUUUCUUUUGGUUACUAACCCAAGUUGACACUGGAGCUCUCAAGUGGAGGAAAGGAGUCACUCACUGGAUGUCACGGACACUUUGAAACACCUCCGCUUUUGACUGGAUUUCAUUUUGUUUUGACUUCAUUACGACUACCUGAAGUGCAAUCUUUGGAUUGCUUCCAUUUGAAUAACACUGCGAGUACUGUACGGCCAGCCAGCCAGCCAGCGAGUGAGCGAGUGAGCGAGCGUCUUUUGCUCUCCAUUCAAAACACAAAUGUCAUUUGUGAGCGCUACUUAUAGUUUUGGGUCUGAUGAUGCCACUACAUUUGUUAAUAUAACUUGCAUUUGAUUUCCCGCAUGUGUUUGUCACUACAUUUGUUAAUAUAACUUGCAUUUGAUUUGGUUUGGGUUUGUUUUUGCGCAUUGAUUUGACUUGAAGUUGCUUUUGUUUUGACUCGGACGAGUUGUGGGCAAAUUUGCGUAAAUGCAAGCUCCUUGUUGUCAACACUGUCGAGUGAGCGAGCGAGCGAGCUACGGUGAGGUGAGUCUCUUCUUAAACGCAAAAAGCGUUGCGUCUUUGUUCUGCUGUAUCUUUACUACUAGACAUGCCUCAAGUUUGCAUCAACUUGGUCCAUUGACUUUUUGUCGACACUGUCGAGAGUUUGAGUUGUCUCAAGACUAACGUCUCGCUUGCAUUUGCAUAUUUCGGCUUAUUAAAGAAAAAAUGCAA